CCAUGAUAAUUACAUGCUUGUGCAGCAGACCAUCAAGGUCCUACAUCGACGCAAAAUCUCAAGCCUUUUUCUGAAAUUGGACAUUUCCAAGGCCUUUGAUUCAGUUGAUUGGGCUCUUCUAUUGGAGAUCUUGGCACAUUUAGGUUUUGGAGCUGUUUGGCGCAACCUCGUCUCUAAUCUCCUACACUCAGCUUCAACUCAGGUGCUUCUGAACGGAGAACCAGGAGACUUCAUUACUCAUUGACGUGGGGUCCGGCAGGGGGACCCACUCUCCCCCAUGUUAUUCAUCUUGGUAAUGACGUCCUAAACAGUCUUUUCAUGAAAGCGGAAGAGGAGGGACUGCUCCUACCUCUCCAUUCUGCUGGUCAGUGGCUAUCUUUGUAUGCAGAUGAUGUGGCUCUCUUCAUAAGAUCAGAAGAAGAUGAUCUGCAGAUUACUAAGAAUAUCCUGCAAGUUUUUGAGAAGGCAUCAGGGUUGCGGACGAACCUACAGAAAAGUUGUGUGAUCCCAAUUCAGUGCGAUGAUGAAAUUGUGGAGGUUGUGAACAAUACCCUACAGUGCACUACAACCUCUUUCCCCACCACUUAUUUAGGGCUACCAAUCUCGAACAAAAAGCUGUGAAGAUGUGAUUUAUUAAUCUUGAUCGAGAAGAUUGCCAAUAAGCUUCCUGGUUGGAAGGCCCCUUUAUUGAGUUUGGCUGGUCGUGCGGUCUUGGUGCGCUUUGUUAUCACUGCCAUCCCUAUUUAUCUGCUGAUCGCCAUCAGAGUGCCCAAAUGGUUCAUCCGAGCAGUGGACAAAAUCAGGAGGAGUUUUUUGUGGAAAGGAAGGAAAGAAAUCAAUGGGGGCAGCUGCUUAGUGGCUUGGGAAAAGGUCAUGAGACCUAUUGAUUUGGGAGGCUUAGGAAUUCGUAACCUUGAAAUUAUGGGUUGGGCACUGCAAAUGCGUUGGCUUUGGAUUGAGAAAACAAAACCGAAUCGGCCUUGGGCUGGUCUUGAGGUCCCAGUUCACUCCAACACUGUUGCUCUGUUCGCUGUGUCAGUAGUCACUUCGGUUGGUAAUGGGGAAAAUACUUUGUUCUGGUCUGAUCGCUGGUUACAUGGCUGCAGCAUAGAAAACCUUGCACCUAAUGUUUUCAAGUGCAUACCUGCAAGAUUGAAGAAGGCAAGAACAGUGAAGGAUGCUUUGCACGAGCUAACCUGGGUGUCAGACAUCCGUGGAGCUCUUGGUUGGCAGGGUCUGGUUGAAUAUUUGGACCUUUGGGAUGUGCUCACUGAUGUUAUUUUACAUGUUUUGGUCGUCAACACCACUGAUGAUACCCAUCAUUGGAAGUUCGAAGCUUCAGGGAAUUUCUCCUCUAAGUCGGCAUACAGGGCCUUCUUUGCAGGAUCAGUGAGCUUUGAGCCAUGGAAACGGCUUUGGAAAUCUUGGGCCCCUAGCAAAUGUAAAACCUUCAUUUGGCUGGCCAUUCGUAACCGGUGUUGGACGGCUGACCGUUUACAAAAAAGAGGGCUCUCUCACCCUGCUCGCUGCCCCGCUGUGCGACCAAGAAGAAGAGACAGUCCAACAUCUACUCACCACAUGUGUCUUCGCCCGACAGUUUUGGUUUAGCAUCCUUCAACCACUGAAUCUAUCCUGCUUGGUUCCUGGAUGCGCAGCUGGUUCGUUUGCAGAUUGGUGGAGAAAAUCUUGGAAAAGAGUGCAAAAACAGCUACGAAAAGGAUUUAAUUCAAUGGUGAUCCUUGGUGCUUGGACCAUUUGGAAACAUAGAAAUGCCUGUGUCUUUGAUGGAACAACACCAAACCUACAGGGAGCUCUUCAAGCCUUCAAAGAUGAGCUUCAUCUAUGGCAAUUUGCUGGUGCCAAAGGGCUUACUGUUCUAAGCCAAGGGAGCGCUUUACUUGCUAUUUAGAAGGUGCCUAGUAUUGGUCUGGUCCUUUUUGUAUCUUUCAGGUGUAACAGUUUUUUAUGUUCUAGUCGCAUCCCUUACUCUAGCCCAAGGUAAGGUGAUGAGGUUGUAUUUGGACUUUUUUCCUCUCUUAAUAUAAAGAUGCGCAGCUCUCCUGCGUGUUCGAUAAAAAAAAAGUCUUCGGCCUUCCUUAAGAAUCCCAAGCAUGCAGUGUGGCCAAUGGGAGGUGCAUGGCUAUGCACACAUCUGUGGGAGCACUACCAGUUUUCACUGGAUAAAGUAAGAACUAGUCCAAGGUUUUACUAUCAUAUUUUAGUCUAAUGCUGUACUUUCACUAGAUGUGACUGAUCUGAUUUCACAACAUUUCAUAAAGUGAAAAUGCCAUCACGUAGUCGUUUUAAGGCUACCCAGUGAAAACAUUUCUCAGCUAUCUUCAGCCUAGAUUUACUAGUACCCAGAAAUCAUGGAGGGCUCUGGAAUUGAAAUCAUAUAAAUCAACAACGGGUAUCCCACAAUGAACUUAAGGAAAACAGAUAUGAAUAGUCUGGUGAUUGCAAAACUGAAAUAAGUAAAACAUGCCCAGGAUAAUUGGAGUUCCUUUUAGAGAAGUUAUGUAAUAGUUCAUAGCUAUUAAAUAUUUAUUAUAUUGGAAGACGCUGAGAAUCUGAGACAUAUCUAAGGACCUUUUGGAGAAUAAGGCAUAUCCAUUGCUGGAAGGUUGCGCUACCUUUCUGGUUGACUGGUUGAUUGAAGGACAAGGAGGUUAUCUUGAAACAAAUCCCUCAACAUCUCCAGAGCAUGCUUUUCUAACUCCAGAUGGUCAGCCAGCAAGUGUGAGCUACUCAACAACAAUGGACAUCUCGAUCAUUAGGGAGGUUUUCUCUGCUGUACUUCUAUCUGCAGAGGUAAUUAUUUAUGUGACAUUACAAUCAUUUGUGUCACUCAAAAUAAUGAUUAGAUUUGCCCUGUUGUAGGUCUUAGGGAAAUCUGAUACUGAUUUGGUGAAGAACAUCAACAAAGCACUCCCAAGGCUCCCUCCCGUACAGAUUGCAAGA